CUCGGCGUCCUCCGCCACGGCUCCCCGGGCUCGGCCCUUGGCCGCUCCUCCUCGCCUGGCUCCUGCAGCCUGGCCUCGCCUCCGCCCUCUCGGAGAACGUGCUGCCCGAGCCGGCCGCGAUGAUGGGCACCAGCCCCGGCCCCCGAGCGGUGACCCUCCCGACGCCCAACGGGACCCCUUUCGAGGAGACCCGCCUUCACGUUUUCACCUUGGAUUACCCUCACGUGCAGAUCCCGUUCGAGAUCACCCUCUGGAUCCUGCUGGCCUCUUUAGCCAAGAUCGGUUUCCAUCUGUAUCACAAACUGCCACACAUUGUUCCUGAGAGCUGCCUUCUCAUUCUGGUUGGAUUGAUUCUAGGUGGCAUUAUCUUUGGAGUACAAGAAAAGUCUCCACCGGUGAUGAAGAGUGAUGUUUUUUUCUUGUACCUUCUUCCCCCGAUAGUCCUGGAUGCCGGCUAUUUUAUGCCAACCCGCCUGUUCUUCGAGAAUUUUGGUACAAUUUUCUGGUAUGCAGUGGUGGGCACUCUCUGGAAUUCAUUUGGCAUUGGCCUUUCACUCUUCGCCAUAUGCCAGAUCGAAGCGUUUGGCCUGAGUGAUAUCACUCUACUGCAGAGCCUACUCUUCGGCAGCUUGAUUUCAGCCGUGGAUCCAGUGGCAGUGCUGGCUGUUUUUGAAAACAUUCACGUCAAUGAGCAGCUGUACAUCUUAGUUUUUGGGGAAUCACUCUUGAAUGAUGCUGUAACAGUGGUCCUCUACAACUUGUUCAAAUCUUUUUGCCAGAUGCAUACAAUUGAGGCCAUUGAUGUAUUUGCUGGAAUUGCUAAUUUUUUUGUAGUUGGCACUGGUGGCGUUUUGAUUGGAAUCGUUCUGGGAUUUGUAGCAGCUUUUACUACUCGUUAUACCCAUAAAAUCCGAGUGAUUGAGCCACUGUUUGUCUUCUUAUACAGCUACCUGGCAUACAUAACAGCCGAAAUGUUUCACCUCUCAGGCAUUAUGGCGAUUACAUCUUGUGCUAUGACCAUGAAUAAAUAUGUGGAAGAGAAUGUGUCUCAGAAGUCCUAUACUACAAUCAAAUACUUCAUGAAGAUGUUGAGCAGUGUCAGUGAAACCCUUAUCUUUAUUUUCAUGGGAGUAUCUACAGUUGGAAAAAACCAUGAGUGGAACUGGGCCUUUGUUUGUUUCACACUCCUGUUCUGUUUGAUUUGGCGUGCACUGGGAGUUUUCGUUUUGACUCAGAUCAUUAAUGUGUUCCGGACAAUUCCUAUCACAUUUAAGGAUCAGUUUAUUAUUGCUUAUGGAGGUCUACGAGGAGCCAUAUGUUUUUCACUUGUUUUCCUACUUCCUUCUGCUGUGUUCCCUAGAAAGAAGCUUUUCAUCACUGCUGCAAUUGUGGUUAUAUUCUUUACUGUCUUUAUUCAGGGAAUAACAAUUCGCCCACUGGUGGAAUUUCUUGAUGUUAAAAGAUCAAAUAAAAAGCAACCAGCUGUCAGUGAAGAGAUUUAUUGUCGGUUCUUUGAUCAUGUGAAGGCUGGGAUUGAAGAUGUGUGUGGACACUGGGGUCACAAUUUUUGGAAAGAUAAGUUUAUAAAAUUUGACAAGAAGUACCUGCGGAAACUUCUAAUCAGGGAAAGCCAGCCCAAAUCAAGUAUAGUGGCCUUGUACAAGAAACUUGAAAUAAAGCAUGCUAUAGAGAUGGCAGAGAAUGGGAUGAUCAGCACAGUGCCAUCUCUAGCUUCUCUCAGCGAACAUCAGAAAGAAGAAAAGACAAAGCCUGUUUAUCCUACCCAGGCAGAUGAUAUAAGAGAUAUUUUAACAAAGAAUCUCUACCAAAUACGGCAGAGAACUCCAUCAUACAAUAGGUAUAGUUUAGCAGCAGAUGCAAAUGAAAAACAGGCUAAAGAAAUUUUGAUUCGUCGCCGACACAGCCUGAGGGAGAGCAUCAGGAAGAGCAACAGCCUGUCAAGACCGGUGGCCACCAAAGCACCACGUUACCUGUCGCUACCUAAAAAUACUAAACUUGCUGAGAAAGUUCGGAAAAGAAAUCAGUCUUCUUUCAAAGUAAGUGACAGCAGUGAUUCUGAAUCUGACCAUACCACAGUGCUGAAUUUAAAAUCUGAAGCAGGAAGAAUCUUGAGAGACCAGAAACUUCGGCAACAGCCAUGUAGAAUCGAAUGGAAGAAUGAAACGGACGGGGAGGACAGAGAGCCAGUGAGUCGCCCUCUGGGAAUCAGGGGCUUCAGGCAACCCCUGUUGCCUAGACCAGCGUUUGGCACCCUCAGUGAAGAAGAAGCAGCAGAAGACGACAGGUCCACCAAGCCACUGCCACCACCUCGGUUAGCCCGACAAGCGUCAAAAGCUGAAAAGCCUAGAGAUAAAUCUGACAAUGAACCAUAUUAAAAACUACUAAACAGGGAUGUUAUGAUUCGGCAACAGAUGUAGUAGACUAUAGAAUGUAGCAGGGCAGCUGGAUCUAUUUGAAAGGAUGGUCCUACCUAUAUUUAUUAGAAGGAAGGAAAGCGUUAUUUCAGAAAUUAUGUUCUUUUAAUAAGUUAGGAGAGGGAUUUCCCUUACCUGUUUUGGAGCCAAAUAAGGAAUUUAUUUCACCAUUGUUUUCAGAUUUUCAUAAUGAAGGGAAGAUUGAUUAAUUAUAUAUUGCAUUUUAACAUAUGAUGUAUGCAUUUGUCAAUGGCAAGUUUUAAAUAUAAAUUGCACUGAAAAAAAAUUGCACUAUACGCAUUUUAAAAGCGCUUGCAAGGAUUCAUUCCCUGCCAGCAAGUGUGGACGAGGCACUGAAGGACAGCUACAGGUUGCAAGUGGUGGAAUUGCAUUAAAGAGAAAGCAGCUGCAAUAAAGGACUGUGAACUGGCUUAACAAUCACAGUCCUGUACAUGUAUGCUCAGAACUAAGGUCCCUUGAAUUCAGCUAGGCUUAGUCCCAACUAAACAUGCAAAGGACUGCAGCCUUUGUGAGAAAUCCAGUGCUUAGCUCCAGCUGUGGUAGCCCCAUUGGAUCAAAGGGAUUUACAUUAGUGUUCAAUUAACCUCCCAUUCAUUCAAUGGAUUUGUGGUAGCUGGGAUUAAAAAUUGGAUUUCACCCUUUGUCAGGUGUCCACAGUUCUCCCCAAGCCAAAUGGAGUCCCCAGCUUUUCAGCUUGUUGCUAAGCUAGCUCUUUGGCUGUUUGUAUUGCCACAGAAAUAGUCUGAAUCUUGGGUCUCUGCACUGGAAGAAAGAUGAAAUAAAAAUAGAAACAGGGAAAUGGAAUGAAUAAAUAAUAAAAACAUGAUUUUUGGAACCCAUGCUCAGAAGUCAGGUAAAAUCCAUGGACAUCAUGUGACACCUGACUCUUAAAAUGAUGUAUGUUUCUUUGUGUAUGUUACAAUCUUGACUGUAUUAUCUGGCACGGGUGAUAUGAAGGUUGCUUUUGAAGUUUAAAUUCCAAACCUUUGUAAAUAUUAUAAGAAAGCAUUUGUUUCUGUCUAGGCAUAUUUUUUACAACAGGAGUCAAAUGAUAUAGUAAUUAUUUAUUUAAUAAAAAUAUAU